UCUACAGAUGCCCUACAAAGCGAUGUUCAGUCAGUCCGAGAUGCUGUGUGGAGAUUGACAAGCUUGGUAAAGAAUCUGCAAAUAAAUGGCUCUGCAGCACCAGAAUGUCCAGAAGACUGGAAACAAUAUUCUUUGAGUUGUUAUUACCUCUCCAAAGAUACAAAAUCAUGGCCAAGUGCCAAGAAAUUUUGUGAGUCCAAAAGUUCUCAUCUGGUCACUAUCAAUACCAGAGAAGAACAGAACUAUUUACAAGGUUUAAAGCCUGGUGAGUUUGUCUGGAUCGGUCUUACUGAUGUGGAUGGACACUGGAAAUGGGUAGAUGGCACCAACUAUGAGACUGCCUUAAAGUACUGGAAAGAGGGACAACCAGAUGAGUACUUCGGCCACGGCCUGGGCGGAGGUGAAGACUGUGCUCAUUUACUCCAUAAUGGUGAAUGGAAUGAUGAACACUGCUCCCGUCCGUAUUUUUACAUAUGUGAGAACAAUAUUCUCUCAAAGCCAUGAGUGUAGUGUACAGAAGAGCGCCAAGAGGGGCACAUAUAAUUAUGGAGUGUGACACACUGCUAACUUUAGACAGACCCAAUUUCGUGGAUAUAGUUCUGUCUUCAAAAGUAUAAAACGUAUUGAGAAUCAUGCGCUAACCCUGCAGAUUAAAGCCCAUUCAGCUUGAUUUUCUGAUUAACUCACAGCCCUGGAAGAAACAAUGACCAUACAAGAAGCUUGCCCAUCAAGAUGAAGCUAAUCCUACCCCUAGCAUCUCAUGCCUUUAAUGGGAUGGCUUACUCAAAAAAAUUAUCCCCUUUAAUUUGUCCCCAAUGAUCCAUUUUAUCUGCUGGAGUGUAUUAAAUUGUUUACAAGUAUUUCCUUUACCCUUAUAUAUGAACUUUUGAAAUAGUUGAUUUAGCCUGUGGUUUCCCCACCUAUUCUGCAUGUUUCUGGUCUUAGGUCCAAGCUAUAGAUAGGCUGUGUAAACAGAGCCAGAAGAAGAAAUUUUAGGUAUAGAAGAGAUAGGGUAAUAACAUGUUGAUUUUCCAUUGUUCUCUCCAAGCAUUGGUCUUUGGUUUACGGACAGAUAUAAGAUAAAGAAGCAUGUAUAUGUACACAAUGUGAUAAUGUAAUGAGAUCUGAUUAUACCUACAAGCUCAACCCAUUUUAUUAGGCUGUGGCCUCAAGACACAAAACCAGCUAAUCAAAUACACAAAUAAUCCCUUAAAAAGGAAAUUGCUAUACAUUAUAUACUCUGCAGCUUCUAAAAAAAGUAAUUGGAAACACAUUAAAGGGAUACUAAACCCAAUUUUUUUAUUUCAUGAUUCAGAUAGAGCUUGUAAUUUUAAGCAACUUUCUAAUUUACUCCUAUUAUCAAAUUUUCUUCAUUCUCUUGCUAUCUUUAUUUGAAAAAGAAGGCAUUUAAGAUAAGGAGCCAGCCAAUUUUUGGUUCAGACCCUGGACAGCACUUUUUAAAUGGUGGAUGCAUUUAGCCACCAAUCAGCAAGCACAACCCAGGUUAUGAAUAAAAAAUGGGCCGGAUUCUAAACUUACAUUCUUGCU